AUGUCUGGUUUCAAGAACUUCGCCGUCGUAGGAGCGGGCACUCUCGGCCUCCCUAUCAUCGAGGAGCUCCUCAACGUCAAAGCGGCUGGUUCAGCUGACAAAGUGCUACUCCUCACCCGCCCGGAGUCCGUGUCGAAGUACGACGCGCUCGCCGCUCGUGGCGCCACUAUCGUCCCGAUCGCAGACUAUACCUCCACUUCCGAAGUAGCCAAGGCCCUUGCUGGCAUCGAGGUUGUCAUCUCCACCCUCGGCCACUCUGCGUACGGGAUCCAGAUUCCCAUCGCUCAGGCGGCCAAGGAGGCCGGCGCUAAGCUCUUCGUGCCCUCAGAGUUUGGCUCGCCCACGGACAAGGCGACCGAGGGUCUAUUCGCGGCAAAGGCAGGAAUCAACCGGAAGAUUCGCGACGAGGUUGGCCUUCCUACGGCCGUAUUCUUCACUGGAGGCUUUGCGGAUGUCAUCUGGAAUCCUCUCAUCGACCUUGACUUGAAGAGCGGCAGCGUCGGUGUCGGCGGUGACGGCAGCGCGCCGACCUCUUUCACGUCCCGCUCUGAUAUCGGCCGCUACCUGGCCUACGUGCUCACGACGCUCCCCCCUUCGGAGACCCAGAACAAGAUCUUUCGCAUCGAGGGCGAACACGCGUCACUGAACGACAUCUUUGCUCAAUACGAGAAGAAGCAUGGCGUGAAGAUUCAGGUUAGGCACACGCCCAUAGAGGAGCUUGAGGAGAAGGUCAAGAAGAACCCGCGAGAUGUCGCAAGCUUCUUGGGCCUCGUCUGGGCAAAGGGUGGAGGAGCCGUCGGUUCCCCUACUGACAACCACCUGUUCCCCGACUGGAACCCGAAGCCCGUGAUUCACUACUUGUGA